AGGGGAGGGGCCGGGGGGGGUCGCCUUGCUCCCUGGACCUGAGAUGAUUCUGAACAAAUGUUUAACUGGAUACCGAGAGUCAAUAUUUGUCUGCGGGGGUGGGAAGAAGUUCCUGCUCAGGCUGGGGCCCCUUCCAGAGGGACAGCGGCGGAGCCGUGGGGAAAAGCUGCUCACGGAAGGAGACCAACCCCCCCGCGCCCCCGCCCCCCCGCGCUUCCUGAUGGCUCUGCUGCUCUGGGCGCUGCUGGCCUCCUGCCUGCCUGCUGCGUGUGCCAGCCAAGAGCAGGCCACUUUUGUUCAGGACGUGGGCUGCGAUGAAGGUGCCCAGAGGAACAGCCUGCUGGUCCAGCCGGUGGAGAUCCCGUCUGGAGAACCCGCGUCCCAGGAGGCCCUUCAGGACCCCACAAAGUUGCCUCCCCACUUUCCAGACAAAGGGGAUGGCCAGAGGGGGCCAGGGGGGCUCCCCAAUUCUCUCGAGGAGGAGGAGGAGGAAGGCUGCCGGGACCGGGACCUUUCUGGAAGCGUGGGCCAGAUCGCCUCGGCUAUGAGGGCCCUGGGGGUGGACCUCCUGCGGGAGAUGGAAGCGGAGGACGGCAGGGGCAACACCCUCUUCUCACCCCUUAGCAUCAGCCUGGCCCUUGCCCACCUGGCUCUAGGGGCCGCCAACCAGACCCAGAAGCAGCUCCUGGAGGCCCUGCACAUGGACUCGGUGCCCUGCCUGCACCAGGCGCUGCGGCGGGUCACCCAGCACCUCCACCAGACGGCCCUCAGCAUAGCCGGCCGCCUCUUCCUGGAGAAAGGCGUCCCCAUCAAGGAGAAGUUCCUGGAGGCGUCCCAGAGGUUCUACGGAACAAAGCCCGCCCUCCUUUCCGGGAACAGCCAGGCUGACCUGGAGGCCAUCAACAAGUGGGUGGAAGAAGCCACCCAUGGGCAGAUCUCCACCAUGCUCACCGAGCUGCCUCCCAACACCGUGCUGGUCCUUCUCAACGCCGUCUUCUUCCGAGGGCUCUGGAGGACCAAGUUCAACCCACUGCUGACGGAACUCAGCCUGUUCCAUCUGGACGAGGGAUCUGCGGUCUCCGUGGAGAUGAUGAAGGAAUGGGACUUCCCCCUCAGCUGGUUCAGCACGGCGUCCUGGGAGGUCG